CCUGUCAAUGCGCGGAGGUUUUGCGAGGCUCUUUAUCUUGUUUAAAAAAUAUCAUAUUUAAAAAAAAGGUUUGACGUCAUGCGUUACUGACGUCCGUGUUUGUACAGUGUGCGUGGGAGAGCGCCGGAGAGAAAAAAAUAAAAUGUAUGACAACUGUUGAAUGUUCGCGCAUCUUCAGUCGGGUGCUGUGCAGGCAAGGGAAGACAAGGUUGGGAAGAGGAGAUAUUCAGCUGAGGCCGGCGUCGCGCUGUGACAGUUACAGUGACAGUAGGACGAGGCGACAUGGCUGAUGGAGCGGCACCGAACUGCCACCUGCGCCUGGAGUGGGUUUAUGGCUAUCGUGGGCAUCAGUGUCGGAACAAUCUCUACUAUACCGCUUCCAAAGAAAUCGUUUAUUUUGUUGCGGGUGUUGGAGUGGUUUACAACACGCGGGAACAUAAGCAAAAAUUCUUUCUGGGUCACAACGAUGAUAUAAUCAGUUUAGCGUUGCACCCAGAACGAACUUUAGUUGCAACAGGUCAAGUGGGAAAGGAGCCACAUAUAUGUGUGUGGGAUACCUACAAUGUGCAGACGAUAUCCAUCCUGAAAGAUGUUCAUACACAUGGAGUAGCCUGCUUGGCCUUUGAUCAUGAUGGCCAGCGUUUGGUAUCUAUUGGUCUGGAUUCCAAAAACACUGUUUGUGUUUGGGAUUGGAAGAAAGGAAGAGUUCUUGCUACUGCAGCAGGACACAUUGAUAGGAUAUUUGAUGUUUCUUGGGAUUUACACCAACCAAACAAAAUGAUCAGCUGUGGUGUAAAACAUAUUAAGUUUUGGAGUUUAUGUGGGAAUGCUUUGACGGCAAAACGGGGUGUGUUUGGUAAAACUGGAGAGCUCCAAACUAUUUUGUGCCUAGCAUGUGCACGUGAUGAGAUUACUUAUUCAGGAGCACUAAAUGGUGAUAUUUAUGUAUGGAAAGGGAUUAAUCUUGUGCGGACUAUCCACAGUGCACAUGGGUCAGGAAUCUUCAGUAUGAAUGCCUGUGAGGAAGGAUUUGCCACAGGAGGCAGAGAUGGUUGUGUUCGUUUGUGGGAUUUAAAUUUCCAGCCCAUCACCUUGAUAGAUCUCAGGGAAACUGAUCAAGGAUACAGAGGCCUCUCAGUAAGGAGCGUGUGCUGGCAAGGGGAUCAUAUUUUGGUUGGUACACAAGACAGUGAAAUCUUUGAAAUUGUGGUACAUGAACGCAACAAGCCUUUCCUAAUUAUGCAAGGACACUGUGAAGGAGAACUCUGGGCCUUAGCAGUUCAUCCAACAAAGCCUUUAGCAGUAACUGGAAGUGAUGAUCGAUCUGUUCGAAUAUGGAGCCUUAUUGAUCAUGCUCUGAUUGCUCGAUGCAAUAUGGAAGAAGCAAUUCGUUCUGUUGCUGUGAGUUCAGAUGGCAUUCAUCUUGCUCUGGGUAUGAAAGAUGGUUCUUUUACUGUACUACGGAUCAGAGAUAUGACUGAAGUUGUUCAUAUUAAGGAUAGGAAAGAAGCAAUUCAUGAAUUAAAAUACUCACCUGAUGGAUCAUAUUUGUCUGUGGGCUCAAACGAUAGCUCCAUUGAUAUCUAUGGAGUCUUGCAACGAUAUAAAAAAGUUGGCGAAUGUUUCGGAUCUUUGAGCUUCAUCACACAUAUGGAUUGGUCAACUGAUAGUAAAUACUUGCAAACGAACGAUGGUUCUGGAAAAAGAUUGUUUUACAGCAUGCCAAGUGGUAAAGAAAUUACAAACAAAGAGAUAAAGGAUGUUCAGUGGGCAACCUGGACUUGUGUAUUGGGUCCAGAAGUAAAUGGAAUAUGGCCUAAAUAUUUAGACGUCAAUGGCAUUAAUUCGGUGGAUGCAAAUUUCAAGGACCAGGUUUUGGUUACUGCAGAUGAUUAUGGAUUAGUGAAACUUUUUCGAUAUCCUGGUUUCAAAAGAGGAUCCAAGUUUAAAAAAUACAUUGGUCAUUCAGCACAUGUGACCAAUGUGCGAUGGUCAUAUGAUUACCAAUGGGUUCUUUCUGUUGGUGGAGCAGAUCAUUCAGUUUUCCAGUGGCAACUUAUCCCUGAAAGAAAAUCUAAAGAAUUUCUUCAUAUUGUACUUCAAGAAAGUUUUGUAGACUCCAGUAGUGACCAAUCCGACUCUGAUCAGUCUGAUGUACCUGAACUUGACUCUGAGAUUGAACAAGAACUACAGAUAAAUUAUCAUCGGCAGAUUUAUAAAGAAGACCUACCUCAGCUUAAAGAGAAAUGCAAAGAAAAGCGUCAAGCAGCAACUUCAAAGAAACGGGAAAAACCUCCAGACAGCAGUGUGCGCUUACAUUUUGUUCAUGGUUACAGGGGCUAUGACUGCAGGAACAAUUUAUUUUACACACAAACUGGAGAGAUUGUAUACCAUGUCGCAGCAGUAGGAAUAGUAUAUAAUCGUCAGCAGAAUGUUCAACGAUUCUACCUUGGCCAUGAUGAUGACAUUGUCUGCCUAGCAAUUCAUCCUUUAAAGGAUUAUAUAUCAACAGGCCAGGUGAGUCGUGAUUCUGCAAUUCAUAUCUGGGAUGCAGAGCUAUUGAAGCCAUUAUCAAUUUUGAAAGGACAUCAUCAGUUUGGGGUUUGCGCAGUAGAUUUUUCAGCGGAUGGAAAGCGUUUGGCAUCAGUUGGGCUUGAUGAAAAUCAUACAAUAGUUCUCUGGGAUUGGAGAAAAGGAGAAAAACUUUCUUCGGUAAGAGGAAGUGCAGAGAAGAUUUUUGUUGUCAAAUUGAAUCCCUAUAUGCCAGACAAGUUGGUUACUGCUGGGAUAAAACACAUCAAGUUCUGGCAGCGAGCAGGUGGAGGACUGACUGGGAGAAAAGGCUGUUUUGGAAACCUGCGGAAGACAGAAACCAUCAUGUGUGUUGUCUAUGGUUGGACAGAUGAAAUGAUUUUCUCAGGAACAUCAACUGGCGAUGUUUACAUAUGGAAAGAUAUGUUCAUUAUUAAGAGAAUCAAAGCCCAUGAUGGACCAGUUUUCAGCAUGCACGCCCUGGAGAAAGGAUUUGUGACUGGUGGAAAAGAUGGCGUUGUUGUCCUCUGGGAUGAUAGUUUUGAGAGAUGUCUGAAAACAUACAGCAUCAAACGUUCUGCACUUGCUCCAGGCUCUAAAGGUCUGUUGCUAGAAGACAACCCUUCUAUUCGUGCCAUAACGUUAGGCCAUGGCCAUAUAUUAGUGGGUACAAAGAAUGGGGAAAUAUUAGAAAUUGAAAAAAGUGGUCCCAUUACCCUACUGGUUCAGGGCCACAUGGAGGGUGAAGUGUGGGGUUUAGAUGUUCAUCCCCAUUUACCUAUCUGUGCUACUAUUAGUGAUGACAAAACCCUGCGAAUUUGGGAUCUCUCCCCAAGCCACUGUAUGCUAGCUGUCCGCAAACUAAAGAAAAGUGGCAGGUGUUGCUGUUUCUCUCCUGAUGGGAAAUCACUUGCAGUUGGCCUAAAUGACGGAAGUUUCCUGAUUGUAAAUUCAGACACACUCGAAGAUCUUGUUUCAUUCCAUCAUAGAAAGGAGCAUAUUUCGGAUAUUAAGUUUUCCCCUGGUUCUGGAAAGUACUUAGCUGUUGCAUCUCAUGAUAAUUUCAUAGACAUCUAUAACAUAAUGAGUAGUAAACGAGUUGGCAUUUGUAAAGGAGCUUCCAGCUAUAUAACACACUUGGACUGGGACAAAAGAGGAAAACUUUUACAAGUUAAUACUGGUGCUAAGGAACAGUUAUUCUUUGAAGCUCCUCGUGGAAAACCUCAGAUCAUAAAUAAUGCAGAGCUCUUUUUCAUUGUCCCAUAUUGCAGGAAACGCUGGAAGGAGUUGAUAUUAAUCAUUAUUAUAGGUUGCAAAAUUCCCCAAGACUUUGCUGGACAAGGUUUUCAGUCUUUUUAUCUUGAACAUACAGAAGACAUCCUGUGCCUAACGGUUAACCAACAUCCCAAAUUCCAAAAGAUAAUAGCAACUGGACAAGUUGGUGCUGUCCCAUUGAUUCAUAUUUGGGAUGCCACAACCAAGCAGACACAUUCUGUGCUCCGUUGUUACCAUUCAAAAGGUGUCUGCUCUGUCAGUUUUAGUGCCACGGGCAAACUGCUCCUUUCAGUAGGGCUAGACCCUCAAUACACCAUCACUGUCUGGAGGUGGCAAGAAGGUACCAAAGUUGCCAGUAAAAGUGGUCACACCAAGAGAAUUUUUGUUGCAGAAUUCAGGCCUGAUUCAGACACGCAAUUUGUAUCAGUGGGAAUGAAACAUGUGCGGUUUUGGACUUUUGCUGGCAAAGCUUUACAGAGCAAAAAAGGCAACUUAAGUUCAAUUGAAAAUGCUAGGAUGCAAACAAUGCUUGCUGUAGCUUUUGGAGCUAAUAAUUUGACAUUCACUGGUACAAUCAGCGGAGAUGUUUAUGUUUGGAGAGAGCAUCUUCUGGUCCGAAUUGUAGCCAAAGCACAUAAUGGGCCUGUUUUCACAAUGUACACCACAUUACGAGAUGGCCUAAUUGUAACAGGAGGCAAAGAAAGACCGUCAAAGGAAGGAGGAGCAGUUAAAUUGUGGGAUCAGGAACUGAAACGCUGUCGUGCAUUCAGAUUGGAAACUGGGCAGGCAAUGGACACUGUGCGUUCAGUUUGCAGAUGUAAGGGAAAAAUUCUGGUUGGAACAAGAAAUGCUGAGAUUAUCGAAGUCGGUGAGAAGAAUGCUGCAUGCAACGUUUUAAUUAACAAUCACAUGGAUGGACCAAUCUGGGGUCUUUCAACCCAUCCUAUUAAAGAUAUCUUUCUGUCUGCAGCAGAAGAUGGGACUGUUAGGUUAUGGGACAUUACUGAAAAGAAAAUGCUGAAUAAAGUAAACUUGGGGCACCCUGCUCGAACAGUUGCUUACAGUCCAGAGGGAGACAUGGUAGCUAUCGGUAUGAAAAAUGGCGAGUUCAUUAUACUUGUGGUGACGUCAUUAACAAUCUGGGGCAAGAAACGAGACAGGAGAUCUGCCAUUCAAGACAUCAAGUUCAGUCCCAGCUCUCAAUAUUUGGCUGUGGGGACAUGUGAGAAUGCCAUUGACUUUUAUGACCUCACGUUAGGACCAGCACUAAAUCGAAUCAGCUAUUGUCGAGAUAUUGCCAGCUUUGUUAUCCAAGUCGACUUCUCGGCAGACAGCAAUUACAUCCAGGUUUCUACUGGAUCAUACAAACGACUGGUGUAUGAGGUGCCUUUGGGAAAACAAGUUACUGAACAGUCUCGGAUAGACAGAAUAACAUGGGCUACUUGGACCAGUAUUCUGGGUGAUGAGGUCAUUGGAAUUUGGUCUCGAAAUCUCGAUAAAGCUGAUGUGAACUGUGCCUGUGUGUCUCAUUCGGGCCUGAACAUUGUAACAGGUGAUGAUUUUGGCUUGGUGAAGCUCUUCGACUUUCCAUGCACAGAGAAAUUUGCAAAACACAAAAAAUAUCUGAGUCACUCGGCUCAGAUUGCCAACAUAAAAUUCACUAGUGGAGACAGAUACGUCGUCAGUGCCGGAGGGCAAGAUUGUAGUUUAUUUGUCUGGAAAUGUUUGUGAAAAUACAAAUGGCCAUGAAAAAAAGCCUGGAUCACAAAAGAAGAAUCAAGAUAUUCAUUAGAAAAUAAAGCUGGAAAUGCUCAAUGUAUGAAAAUAAGGCAGCUAAGCACUAAUCUGCAAAACAAGAAGGCAGUUUGUUUUCAAAAGUGUAAGACGAUUUUCAGCUAUCUUGGUUUAAGGCAAUUUGUCAGAUUUUCUACUGCACAGCCAUGUGUAUAUUGAUGCAGUGGUAACAGUAUUCAAAUCAUUCAUGAACUUUAGGACAGAGCUUGUAUUCAAACUUCAAUACUGGUGUACAAAUUAUUUUGACCAUUCUACAUCUAUGGUCCUGUUGUCAAGGACACAAUUGCUAAACAAUCGUGUGGCAAUGCCAUGAAAAUGGUUAAUUGAGUUCUAUCAAUAUACAAAAAAUGAACAAUGCGCUGUAAGUAUACUGCUAGAUAUAACACAAGCUUAAUAUCUUCACUUUAUUGUGCUGUAGCUGAUGUGAUAAGUAGCCUUAAAACAAUGACCUUGUGCUUUUCAAAAUGUUUCAGUGCUGCGGAGUGUUGUGAACAGACAGAAUGGUAUCUAGUGGCCUUCAUCCUGAAUGUACCAGCUGAGUAAUAUUAGAAUCAGUGUAAAAUCUGAAGCAAGCAUGCCAAAGUAUACUAUGCACUACUGUACCAAUCACUGUGGCAACCUGAACAAUUACAUUUAGUUCAGUGUAAAAAAUGUUUGUAAUUUUUAUCAUGUGUUGUUUGCAGACAUAAAAUCGGCAAUCCUGCAAAUUAUUAUAAUUUUUCCAUUUAUGUAGUAUAUAAAUGAAAUGCAGUUUCUUGAAGCACAUAGUAAAUGUGUGUCAUUUUGACGUGUAUUCUACAUAUUAACAGCAUCCCAGGGUGCAGUAUUAUGAAGAAUCACUAAGUAUUGAACUGCUGGUUGUCUAAGUUGUACUGACGUCAAGCUUUGAGUAAUAGCUAAACAAUUUCUGUAAUGUUAAUAUAUAUUAUGAAUAGAAUAGAAAUUUAUUAUCACAUGUACUUUUACAUGAAAAAUAGUGAAAAGUUUUAUAAGUUGCCCCACCACGGCACCUACAUCAAUGACAAUAUUUCAUAUAGUUUCGUAUGUUAACUAAAAGCAAACUAAAUACCUGUAACUUUUUAAUACUUAAUAUUUUAUUCAUCUAUAACAAGUCCAUUUGAAUGGUUUAUUG